GCCGCCGUCUCCGCCGCCGCCGCUGCCGUCGCCGUGCAACCACCAACAAUCUCUCUCGACAUUGCAACACGACGACGCACAGCUCCGCGCCAUCAUUUCCCAGCCUGACAUUUCUCAACCGCCCCGCCCGUCUCCCUCUCUCUCCCUCCUCCUUCCCUUUCCCUUCCUCCCAGUUCGGACACUAGCACUGCAACUUAAGGCUCGACUUCAUUGCCGCUCGCCGCCGUCGCUGCCGACCGACUGACCGAUACCCACCAACCCUUGCUCGCCUUCCCUCUCUCACUCGGCACCGACGCGACAAAGCUACUAUACCUCCUACCAGAGGUAACGCCAAACGCGCGCGUCAAACUCCCCCAGGACACCAAAUCUCGUCACUACCUUCCCUUCCCUUUGGCGACUGGCUCACCAUCACUCUCUCACCAUCUCACGACAACGACGUGUCUAUCAAAAGCGCUGCAACGACCAACCGACCGACCUGACGCCGCCGACACAGUCGUGAACACACCACCUCUUACGCCUGCAACGACUCUUUGACACGCGCACUGCACGCCAUCAGCCCCCUCUCUCGCCAUCCCCUCUCUUCCCCUCUAGACCCUCUGCCCUCCGCGCAGCUAUGCGGAGAGGGUCAAGCACGCCCUCGUUGCGUUGGCUGCGACCAUCACACCUCCUGGCACUAGCCGUCUGCGCAGCAAGUGUAGCCGCGCACGUCUACAAUGAGACUCUAGACCCAUGGAACCUCAACAAGAAUCAAGCUGCAAAUGAUUCAAUCGACUACACUACCCCCAGGAGGGAUCGCUACUUCCCAUCGCCACAAAACUGGAGGUCCCUCCCAGCAUAUACUCUCCUUAUCGACAAGUGGAUUGAUGGUGACCCGACCAACAAUGACUUCUUCAACCUCACGUACGAGUACGACUGGCGAGAGACUCAGAUUCGCACCGGUGGCGAUGCCAUGGGUCUCCUCGACGAGCGUGGCCUCGACUACAUUCAGAGCAUGGGCUACAAGAUGAUCUACAUGGCCGGCACCGUGUUCCUCAACAUGCCCUGGCAGUCGGACGGAUACUCGGCGCUCGACUUUACAUUGUUGGACCCUCACUUUGGCAAUCUCACUGCUUGGCAGCAGUUUAUCGACGGCGCACAUGCCCGUGGCAUGUACAUCCUCGUCGACUUUACUGUUGGAACCAUGGGUGACUUGAUUGGUUUCAAGGGACAUCUCAACUCCUCGACGCCGUUCAACACGAACGAGUACGAGGUUGUCUGGAAGGACCCGGCCUACGGACCGUGGGGAAUCGACCACUACCCCGACUGGAACUUUACCAACGUCUACAACGAGAGCUGCGUCUACCCGACCUUCUUCACCGACGAUGGCUCGAUUGUCGACCCCGGAAUCCAGGGCUGCUACGAGUCUAGUUUCGACCACUACGGUGACAUUGAGGCUUUCGGUGUCUUCCCCGACUGGCAGCGUCAGCUGGCCAAGUUCGCCUCGGUCCAGGACCGUCUUCGCGAGUGGCGUACCGAAGUGUUAGACCGACUCAAGGUCUUUAGCUGUCUCUCGAUUGAGGCGCUUGACAUUGACGGCAUUCGUAUCGACAAGGCCACCCAGGUUACUGUCGAUGCCCUCGCCGACUGGGCCAACCACACUAGGGCCUGCGCCGCUUCGUUCAACAAGACAAACUUCUUCAUUCCCGGCGAAGUCACUGGUGGUGACACGUUCGGUGCCAUCUACUACGGUCGCGGUCGUACCCCAGGAAUGCGCACCACGUACGAGGAGGCCUUGAACUUGACCCAGGCAGACAACACAAAGUUCCUCCGCGACGAGGGCUUGGCCCCUCUCGACGGCUCGUGCUUCCACUACUCGGUCUACCGUCAGAUCUGCCACUACCUCGGUGUGGACGGCCAGCUUUCCGUCUCCAAUGACAUUGACCAGAACUUUGUCAACGGCUGGAACAUGAUGUUGACCAGCAACGACUUCCUCAACCAGCAGACUGGCGACUUCGACCCCCGUCACAUGUACGGUGUCGCGAACCAGGAUAUCUUCCGUUGGCCGGUUUUGGAGAACGGCACCCAGAAGCAGCUUGCGGGUUCGUUCAUCACCCACCUGCUACUUCCAGGCAUCCCCCUGGUGUGGUACGGCGAGGAGCAGGGCCUGUACAUUAUCGACUCGAGUAGUUCCAACUACGUGUACGCUCGUCAGGCCAUGGUUGCCAACCCCGCUUGGAAGCGUCACGGCUGCUACAAGAUGGGAGGUGACCAGUUCCACCAGCUCGGCUACGACGCGGCUCUCACCGGCUGCUACGACCCUGGAGUCGCUCUCGACCACUUCGACCCCACGGCUACCACUCGCCGCGCUUUCCGCAACUUCAACCACAUCCGCGAGAACUACCCCGCGGUUCAGGAUGGCUUCAUGCUUACUCAGCUGAGCAACCACACUCAUUGGCGCAUUCUGCCCUUCGGUACGGUCAGCGAGUUUGGUCUGUGGUCGUCCGUUCGUGUUCCCUCGCAGAAGCAGCAAGGCAGCAAUGGCUUCAACACCGAUGGUCAAAUCUCCCAAGCGGUCUGGAUGCUGUACACCAACGAGAACGUCUCGAUGAGCUACAACAUCGACUGCGGUGGCCAGGACCCGAUUCGGUCGCCAUACGCCGUCAACGGCAACGGCUCGUCGAUAGUCCGCAACCUCUUGUCCCCCUACGAGAAUUACACGCUCCAGAACACGCAAGAGUCGUUCUACAACAACGGUCAGGCUCCUUACCGUGGCUGCAUUGGUUCCAUCAACCUGCAGCCUUACGACUUCAAGGUUCUUGUUCCCCUCGACCAGUGGGUUCCACCUCGGCCCACAUUGUCUGGCUUCUCGCCCGGCCACGACCAGCGUGUCGUUCUCAACGGCGACACCAUCCAGAUUACCCUCGAGUGGGAUGAGGAGAUGGAUUGUGACAGUGUCACCAGAGGUGUUAGCCUCCUCUUCACCGGAGACACGAGCCACGGGACGCCAAGCAUCAGUGGCACUCCAAGCUGCCUCACCCUUCCUGACCAGCCUCCUACCGAGCUCAAUGGUGUCGGUCCUUCGAAGUGGCAUUGGGUCGCCAACAUCACCAACGCCGCCGAGGGCAUUUACAAGAUUGAGAUUGCCCCCGUCAACUCGCAGCGCAACCCUGCCACCUCCACUGGCUUCAAGGACCACCUCAUGUUCCGCGCCGGUCUGCCUUCCAACCAGUUUGUCUUCCCCGAGAAUGACUACAACAACUCGAUCUUCCACAAGGACGGGGACACUUUCACGCUCAACCACAAUGCGUGGGGUGCCGACAUGUUCCGCUACUCUGCCAACUUUGGACAGUCGUGGAGCCCAUACCAGCCCUACGAGGCGUCCACUACGCUCAACGCCACCAUGUUCAAGGAGAAGAACAACUGGUGGAAGGGUGAGCACGUCAUGGUCCAGUACUGGUCCAAGGUUGCAGGCACUGCGGCCCAGGUCGUUCACGCCGAUUCGCCGGACUACAAGGGCUACAACCGCCGCUGGCCUCAGGUCCUUCUCAGCGGUCCCUUCAACCAGUGGGGUUACGACAUUGGCGUUAACGCGCACUUCAAGAGUGUCGGCGAUGGCAUCUGGUCGAUGCCUAUUGCCAGUACCUGGCCGAACCUGUUCCACAUCAACAUCUGGAAGUUUGACGAUUACUACUAUGGCGACGCGGAUAAUGAUGGUGUUCUCGACCGUUACCCUCCCAACUCCCUUACGCCAAACUACCUCAACAUGACCUACCCGCCGCGCCCUUAUCUUGCCUGGCAGGUCUUUAUUGACGACGCAAGCGGCCGCUGGAGCGUUCUUCCUCUCGGCCACGAGCUCGUGUCAAUCAUCGCCUUUGCACUCCUCCUUACCAUCCCCAUCAUCACCGCCUUUGCGGCCGCAGCCAUCUUCCGCUACUCGUUCUACUCGAUCAAGAUCAACAAGUGGGGAACCAAGCCGGCCAAGGAGUCGAGCAACUACUUCCCAAUCGUCGGCGCCGCCGCAGCGCACCACGACAAGAAGGAGGGACCCGUCUCUGAAAAGCACCACUCGGUCAUCUUGCACGAAAAGGUCAAGAAGCCGGAACGCAUUAUCGGUUGGCCCGAGGACCCUACCAAGCGUCGCAGGGUUCUUAUCGCCACCCUCGAGUACGAGAUUCUCGACUGGGCCGUCAAGGUCAAGAUUGGUGGUCUUGGUGUCAUGUCGACGCUCAUGGGCAAGGCCAUGACCGACGUUGACCUCAUCUGGGUUGUUCCCAAGGUCCAGGACAUCGACUACCCCCAGGGCGACUUUGCUGAACCCAUCGAGGUCACCAUCUUCGGCGAGCCCUACCUCAUCGAGGUUGAGACUCACCAGGUCGACAACAUCACAUACGUUAUUCUCGACUCGCCAGUGUUCCGUGCUCAAACCAAGUCGGACCCCUACCCCCAGCGCAUGGACGACCUGAGCUCCGCCAUUUUCUACUCGACCUGGAACCAGGCUAUUGCCGAGACGAUCCGCCGCUUCGAGGACAUUGACAUCUACCACAUCAACGACUACCACGGUGCCCUGGCCCCUCUCUACCUUUUGCCCAGGAUCGUCCCCGUCUGUCUCUCGCUCCACAAUGCCGAGUUCCAGGGUCUCUGGCCUCUCCGCACCAAGGACGAGAUGAAGGAAGUCUGUGCCGCCUUCAACAUUUCCAAGGAGGUCUGCUCCAAAUAUGUGCAGUUUGGCAACACUUUCAACCUCCUCCACGCGGCCGCCUCUUUCAUCUCGCACCACCAGAAGUCGGUUGGCGUCGCUGGUGUGUCCGACAAGUACGGCAAGCGUUCAUGGGCUCGUUACCCCGCCCUGUGGACGCUGAGGAACAUUGACUCGCUUCCCAAUCCCGACCCUACCGACAUUGCCGCCCUUGACGAGCAGCCCGUUGCCGUGGACAAGAUUCAGGUCGACCAGGUCGCCGAGUCCAAGAGGCCGGAGCACAAGCGUCAGGCCCAGGAGUGGGCCGGUAUCAAGCAGGACCCCCGCGCCGACCUCUUCGUCUUCGUCGGUCGUUGGUCCAAGCAGAAGGGUGUUGACCUUAUCGCCGACGUCAUGCCUGGCCUCCUUGACAAGAAGUCGAACAUUCAGCUCAUCUGUGUCGGCCCCGUCAUCGACCUUUACGGACGUUUCGCCGCUGAAAAGCUGGCCCGCCUCAUGGAAAUGUACCCCGACCGCGUCUUCUCCAAGCCCGAGUUCACCACUCUGCCGCCCUACCUCUUCUCCGGAGCCGACUUUGCCCUCAUCCCUUCGCGUGACGAGCCCUUCGGUCUCGUCGCCGUCGAGUUCGGUCGUAAGGGCGCCCUUGGUGUCGGCUCUCGUCUCGGUGGCCUCGGUCUUAUGCCCGGUUGGUGGUUCCCUGUGGAGAGUAGCACGGCGACGCACAUGCUCUCGCAGUUGACCAAGACGAUCAAGCUUGCCCUCAAGUCGACUCCCCAGGAGCGUGCCAUUCUUCGUGCUCGCUCUGCCGUUCAGCGUUUCCCCGUCGUCGAGUGGCGCCAGCGUCUCGAGGACUUCCAGCGUCGCAGUAUCACUAUGUCGCGAUCGGUUGCCGGCGAGCAUGCUUGGGGCUACGAACAGUCUGCCAGCCAUACCCUUUACGCGUCCGGACAAAACGACAGCUCGACGUCGCUUGGUACCUGGAACCGACCUGGUACUCCCGACUCUGGCUCUGGCGCCUCGGCCCCCGGAUCACCUCGCCCUGACUCAAGACGCGUCUCUAGUGGUGUCAACCUGCCGCCCGGAGCUGCUAGCCCCGGUGGCGGAGAGGCAACAUUCACUGGCAGCGACUACCACCGUCGUUUCGAGGACAGAAAACAGAACCGUGGCUCGGGCGAAUCGUUCUACGACGAGGACCCCAACGCCGCUGCCAUGUACCAGGACCCACUCGCAGCUUUGGAAGGCAGGCCGCGCGGCAAACCCAAGUUUGGCUUUGCUGGCGACGACGAGGCCUCAAGUGUGGUUUCCUCCGACCAUGGUGACCAGAGCAUGAGCAUGAUUGCGCCAUCUACGAUGUCCGAGACUCCAACUGGCCAUGCCUACGACAGCUUCCUUGCCGCAGCCAACCGACAGUUUGCCAAGACGACCGACGGACGAAAGCAGCCCGACCCGUUCAUGGAGCGUCGAAUGAGCACCAUGAGCACGGCCUCAUCCACCUUUGUCCCUAGCCGUCCGUUCAGCUUCACCUCGCGCGUCUCCUCCUUCGACUCGAUCUCGAGCAUUGUCGAUGAAAAGAAUGCCUCGCCCCUCAACAAGGCUAUGGAAUCCUUCACCGACGCUGACGGCGAGGUCUCGCAGACCUUUGUCCAGAAGCUGCAGGGCCUCUCGGCUGCCAACUCAAAGGGCGACCUGUGUAUCGAGAAGUUCCUGAUGAAGAGCGAGAAGCAGUUCUUCAACGAAAUGAAGAAGGAGAAGCUCAUGGCCAUGAGCGUUCGCUCGCGUGACUCGAUUCACGGUGGCGGUUCCUCGCACCAGAGCACCAUCGACGGCUUCCGCCCAGAAUCACCGCAGGGUCAGUACUCGCUGUCCGGUCACAGCCACCCCGAGGACUACUACAGCUCUUCGAUGAUGUACGACGAGCACGGCGAGCUUGAGAAGCCCAUGACUAGGACGCAGGUGCUCAUGGAGCGCUCGAUCUACGGCUGGCCGCUCUACGCCAUUGUCAUCUCUAUCGGCCAACUUCUCAGUGCUACCUCGUUCCAGCUUUCGCUUCUCGGCGGCGCGAACACGCAGACAGCUACCGACCUCUACAUCAUUUGUGCCAUCUUCUGUGUCGCGACGGUGUUCUGGUACACGCUGUUCCGCAUGCGUCCCUCGGUCUACGUUCUUGCCAUCCCCUGGCUGCUCUUCGCCAUCGCCUUCUUCAUGAUCGGCCUCCCCGCACUCUACGGUCCCUUCGUGGCACCUCGCCAAUGGCUCACCAAGGUUGCAACGUGGUUCUACGCCAUCGCCUCGUCUGCCGGCUUCCUGUUCUUCGGCCUCAACUUUGGUGAAGAAGCUGGUGCGGCUGCCGAGAUUUGGAUUAUGCGCGCGUGCAUUGUCCAGGGUCUCCAGCAGAUCUGGGUGUCGGCUCUGUGGUACUGGGGUUACACGCUUGUGGGCCAGAACGCGGCGACGUACAACACUCCUCGCGCCAUCAUCUGCGUCACCUGGCCGCUUGCCGCCGUCUGCGUCGCGUUCGCCUACCUCAUGUUCUGGGGUCUGCCCGACUACUACCACCAGAUUCCGCCCUACAUGCCCAACUUCCUCCGCACCCUUGUACGCCGAAAGCUGGUCAUCUGGUUCAUGAUCUCGGAGAUCCUGCGCAACUACUGGCUGUCGCCGCAGUACGGCCGCAACUGGCAGUUCCUGUGGCGCGAGGCCCAGGUCCCGAAGUGGUCGGUGGUCAUCAUGCUCGUGAUCUUCUUCAUCGGCAUUUGGGGCCUGCUCAUGGGAGUACUCAUCAAGUACGCAAAGGUGCACUCGUGGCUCCUGCCCGUGUUCGCAGUGGGCUUAGGCGCGCCACGCUGGGCCCAGAUGUUCUGGGGUAUCUCUGGCUUCGGCAUCUACGUUCCUUGGGGAGGUGUCGCUGGACCUUACAUUGGCACCUGUGUUUGGCUCUGGCUUGGUGUGCUCGACGCGAUCCAGGGCGUUGGCUUUGGCAUGAUCCUGCUCCAGACACUUUCACGUCUUCACGUGUGCGCAACGCUGGCCGCGGCGCAGUUUGUCGGCUCGGCCGUGCUCAUGAUUGCACGCGCCACGGCACCUGACAAGAAUGGCCCAGGCAACGUGUUCCCCAACGCCGCGUUCUGGUCGCCUUCUACGGGCGAGAACAACCCUGUCGCGCACUGGGAGUUCUGGCUCUGUCUCGUGUGCCAGCUGAUUAUUCCUUUCGGCUACUUCAGCUUCUUCCGCAAGGAGCAGCUUGUCAAGCCAUGAGCAGUGUACGAGGAGCAGAGAAGGGGAGGAGGAGGUAGAGACGACGACGACGGGGUGUGUCUGUGUGACUUAGACUAUAGCAUGUGUUUGUGGGCCGCCCGACACGGACGACGACCCACACGACGAGAUUACCCUCACGAACCACGUUCAAUCCAAUGGACCUUUGCGCAC